AUGGCGCCAAAGCGCAUGCUUGAAAAGGGCACUGGCUCUGGUUGUCGCUAUGGCACCGAUCGUGCCGCCGGGCGCGACAGGCAGGUCAUCUACGUUCACACCCGUCAGGAAAGGAUUGGGGGAAAUCGCUGCAUGGACAACCUGGGCAUGUUGAAGGAGGUCCUGCGCCUGGUCAGAAAGCGGAAACACGGGUCAACCCCUGUCCUCGUGUUGGACAUUCGUCGGUCGCGAAGUCGGCGACUUUGGUUGUUUGUAUUUGAUUCGCUUGGGUGCGGGCAUGGAAGCGUUUCCACCUUGCCCAAGAUUCUUUCGUCUGACGGUUCCCUUGCACACGCCGGGACCCGAAAACUCAGCCGCGCUGUAUUGCUGGAGUGCGGCUGUUAUGUGUGGACUCCAUGA